AUAAGUAUAAUCUUUCCUUUUCACGUCGCGUUUUGACACUAAUAACUGCAAAUUGAACGCCAGCCUGCCCGCAUAACCAUAUGCUGCCGCAACGUUGGGACGACCAAUAAGACUGCAAAAUGCUUUUGCAGUCAAUAAGCAGGCAAAAAAAAAACAAUCCUAAUGCAGCCGGAUAUGCGAUUAGACCGCCUCAAGGACAUUAACUCCAGGAGAGUUCUGGAUGAGGCUGCAAGAAGACGUCGACUGAGGAAGGCACUAGAGGCGCUGGAGAGCGACAACUUCCAAGAUGAUCCCCAUGCCGACCUGAAGAUGAGCAAGAGAGCGCCAAAGUUUGAGGAGUCCAUGGAUGAUAAAAUGCCAAAGAAGAAGAGAAAGUCCAAAUCUGAUGUCUACAAAUUUAGGUUUAAGAAAAAUUUUGCUUCGUUAUUGGAAGAAGAGCACAAUACAGAGGAGCCAAACUACUUCUCAGCUCAAGUUCCACCGUCACAGUUUCCUGAGCGACAUUUUUGUGCUGUCUGUGGAUCACCAUCUAACUACAAGUGUGUACCCUGUGGUGCCCGCUACUGCUGUGUACGAUGUCUGGGAACACAUCAAGAUACCAGGUGCCUGAAGUGGACGGCUUGAGAAAGUUUGGUGAAAGAGCUGGAAGAGAAAACGUUUCAGAAUCUGGGUUCUACAUUCUAGAAAGACAUCUGUUGAUUCUAACUGUACUGAGCCAGGCGAUAAUACAAGAAACUUGAUGAUAAGCUAAACAAGUGGUCUCAGCAUCUCACUUCAUGGAUAUACCAAGGAGAGUGACCUGGAAUGUAUUUGUAGGAGAAAUACAUUGCCUGGCAUCACCACAGUAGUAAGGUUGAUGAAUUUCCUACAAUUAUUUCACUGACAAGGCUGACCCCAGGGAAAUGGUUCUCACCCUUCUUCUGAGUGUGUCUUCUGCCACUGUUCAAGCUCUCGCAGCAGCCCUGCUCAUAUCAGUAUUAUUAUUAUUAUCUGUCCUGUAUAUGACAUUGACCUGGCGUAUAAAGCCGUGCCUAUGGUUGUCGGUGCAAAACGUGCACGCAGGUGAUGCACGCACGCACGCACGC